AAACAGAUCAUGGAGGAGGCCGUCACGCGCAAGUUUGUCCACGAAGACAGCAGUCAUAUCAUCUCCUUCUGCGCGGCGGUGGAGGCCUGUGUCCUGCACGGGCUGCGGCGGCGGGCAGCCGGCUUCCUGCGCAGCAACAAGAUCGCAGCUCUGUUCAUGAAGGUGGGCAGGAGCUUCCCGCCGGCCGAGGAGCUGAGCCGCAAGGUCCAGGACCUGGAGCAGCUCAUCGAGAGCGCGCGAAACCAGAUCCAGGGCCUCCAGGACAACGUGCGGAAGCUGCCGAAGCUGCCCAACCUGUCCCCGCUAGCAAUCAAGCACCUGUGGAUCCGCACGGCCUUGUUUGAGAAAGUCCUGGACAAAGUCGUGCAUUACCUGGUGGAAAACAGCAGUAAAUACUAUGAGAAAGAAGCCCUGUUGAUGGACCCGGUGGACGGCCCCAUCCUUGCGUCCUUGCUGGUGGGACCCUGUGCCUUGGAGUACACCAAGAUGAAGACCGCAGAUCACUUCUGGACCGACCCCUCAGCCGACGAGCUGGUCCAAAGGCACCGCAUUCACAGCUCGCACCUGCGACAGGACUCACCCACCAAGCGCCCAGCCCUCUGUAUCCAGAAGAGGCAUUCAAGUGGUAGCAUGGAUGACCGGCCAUCCCUUUCUGCCCGGGACUACGUGGAGUCUCUGCACCAGAACUCCAGAGCCACCCUGCUUUACGAAAACAAUGUCCUGGUUCAGCCGAGGGACGACAUGGAGGCUGUGCCAGGGUACCUGUCCCUGCACCAGACGGCUGAUGUCAUGACCUUGAAGUGGACACCCAACCAGCUAAUGAAUGGGUCAAUGGGGGACCUGGACUAUGAGAAGAGCGUCUACUGGGACUACGCCAUGACCAUCCGCCUGGAGGAGAUCGUCUAUCUGCACUGCCACCAGCAAGUGGACAGCGGAGGGACCGUGGUGCUGGUCAGCCAGGACGGCAUCCAGAGGUCACCCUUCCGCUUUCCCAAGGGGGGGCACCUGCUGCAGUUCCUCUCGUGCCUGGAGAACGGGCUGCUCCCCCACGGGCAGCUGGACCCUCCCCUCUGGUCCCAGCGUGGGAAGGGCAAAGUAUUUCCCAAACUGCGCAAGCGAAGCCCUCCGGGCUCCUCCGAGUCCACGUCUUCAGACAAGGAGGACGAUGAGGCCACAGAUUACGUGUUCCGGAUCAUCUACCCUGGCAUGCAGUCAGAGCUCGUCACCUCCGACCUCUUGGGCAGCACCUGCCUCAUCUCUGUGGGGCCUUCCUGGACGAUGGUUCCUGCUGGGCGCUCCGUGCUGGUGGUGGCCAAGGGAACUCGGUGGGCACGAGCAAGACAAGAUACUGCCUUCCCCACGCCAGGCCUACGGGAGAAGCCCCCCAUUCCCCAGGAUCUGAUGGAUGUCUCCGUGGGCAACCUCCCAUCGCUAUGGCAACCCAGCCCCAGGAAGUCGUCCUGCUCCUCCUGCUCACAGAGUGGCUUGGCAGAUGGCAGCUCCACCAAUGGCUGCAACCACGAGAGGGCUCCUCUGAAGCUGCUGUGUGACAACAUGAAGUACCAGAUCCUUUCCAGAGCCUUCUACGGAUGGCUGGCCUACUGCCGACACCUGUCCACGGUGAGGACCCACCUGUCCGCGCUGGUCAAUGCCAUGGCUGUGUCUCCAGACGUGCCCUGUGACGCUGGCCGGGGGCUGACGGCCGGGAUCUGGGAGCGGUACCUCCAGGACAGCACAAGCUACGAGGAACAGGAGCUGCUGCGGCUGGUGUACUAUGGGGGCGUCCAACCCGAGAUCCGCAAGGCCGUGUGGCCCUUCCUCCUGGGCCACUACCACUUUGGGAUGACGGAGGCUGAGAGGAAGGAGGUGGAUGAGCAGACCCAUGCCUGCUACACACAGACCAUGUCCGAGUGGCUGGGCUGCGAGGCCAUGCGGCAACGGGAGCGGGAGUCCCACGCAGCUGCCUUGGCCAAGUGCUCAUCGGGGGCCAGCUUGGACGGCCACCUGCACCGGAUGGUGCACAGGGACUCCACCAUCAGCAACGAGUCUUCGCAGAGCUGCAGCUCCGGCCGCCAGAACCUCCGCCUGCAGAGCGACUCCAGCAGCAGCACGCAGGUGUUUGAGUCAGUGGAUGAGGUGGAGCAGGUGGAGGGGGAAGGCAGGCUGGAGGAGAAACAGCCCAAGGUGCCCAAUGGGAGCCUGGCCAACGGCACUUGCUCUCCAGACUCCGGUCACCCUUCUUCCCACAACUUCUCCUCGGGCCUGUCAGAGCACUCGGAGCCCAGCCUCAGCACCGAAGACAGUGUCUUGGACGCCCAGCGCAGCGUCCCCGCUGUGCUCCGACCUGGAGACGGCAGCGUGGACGACGGGCAGAGCAGUGAGACCACCACGUCCCGGGAGGCCCCCCGCGAGGAGCUGGCCGUGCAGGACAGCCUGGAGAGUGACCUCCUGGCCAACGAGAGCAUGGACGAGUUCAUGUCCAUCACUGGCAGCCUGGAUGCGGCCCUGCCUGACAAGGACGGUGCUGCGAUGGAGAGCUGGCGCAGCGAGGUGGAGAAACACAGCCAGGGGAACAGUGAGGACAAUCUCUCAGAGGAGCCGGAGAUGGAAAGCCUCUUCCCUGCCCUGGCUUCCCUGGCCGUGACCGCUGCCAACAAUGAGGCAUCACCCGUGUCUUCCAGUGGUGUGACCUACUCCCCGGAGCUGCUGGACCUGUACACGGUGAACCUGCACCGCAUCGAGAAGGAUGUGCAGCGCUGCGACCGCAGCUACUGGUUCUUCACGCCAGCCAACCUGGAGCGGCUGCGUAACGUCAUGUGCAGCUACAUCUGGCAGCACAUCGAGAUCGGCUAUGUCCAGGGCAUGUGUGAUCUUCUGGCUCCACUGCUGGUCAUCCUGGAUGACGAGGCCCUGGCCUUCAGCUGCUUCACGGAGCUCAUGAAGAGGAUGACCCAGAACUUCCCCCACGGGGGUGCUAUGGACACCCACUUCGCCAACAUGAGGUCCCUGAUCCAGAUCCUGGACUCAGAGCUGUUUGAGCUGAUGCAUCAAAAUGGGGAUUACACUCACUUCUACUUCUGCUACCGCUGGUUCCUGCUGGACUUCAAGCGAGAGCUCGUCUACGACGACGUCUUCUCCGUCUGGGAGACCAUCUGGGCAGCCAAGCACGUGUCGUCCGCCCACUACGUGCUGUUCAUCGCGCUGGCCCUGGUGGAGGUCUACCGUGACAUCAUCCUGGAGAACAACAUGGACUUCACGGAGAUCAUCAAGUUCUUCAAUGAAAUGGCAGAGCGACAUGACACGAAGCAAGUCCUGCAGCUGGCCCGGGACCUCGUGUACAAAGUGCAGACACUGAUUGAGAACAAGUGA